GAGACCCGAUGUUGUAAUUGGAAAUAUGGUGGAGAAGACCACCAUGCUAGGAUUUGACGAGAUGCCGAUUCGACUCACCAACACCGGUCACGUGUUUUGGUUCCCAAAUAUCCUGUUCCAAACAGCAUGUGAUAUAAACCUGCGAUAUUAUCCUUUCGACACUCAAGUGUGCACAAUUCAGUUGAAUCCACUGGUAUCACAGACUAACGAAAUAGAGCUAGUCCUUGCAAGUGACCACGACCCUUUUGAAGAGUAUGGGCAAAAUGGACAAUGGGAGCUUGUACAUCUUUUUUUGAAUGAAACGAACGAUCAGUACAAAUCUAUAUUGAAAUUUGAACUGACUUUAAAACGUCGUAGGUCGUUCUACAUCAUGAACGUCGUUUUGCCAAUUAUUUUUUUGUCAUUCAUGGGAAUCUUAGUAUUUGCUUUGCCGGCAGAAUCUGGUGAGAAGAUGUCCUUAACAAUCACCAUUCUUUUGGCUUACAUCGUUUAUCUGACCAUCAUUAGUGAGAACAUGCCUCAAACAUCGAUUCACAUUUCAUUACUUGCGGUUUAUCUGACGAGUCUUGUGGCACUUAGCGCUAUAUCUGUAAUCAUCACAACAUUGAUAUUGCGACUUCACCACAAAGAUGAUUCAAUCCCUGUUUCCAGAGGAAUUGGAAAAGUAACAAUUUUUUUGCGGGGUCGCCGUCGUCGUUCUUCGAAAAUCGUAAACACCCAAAAUACGGUUGUAACCCUAUCCAGCACAGAAAGCAUUGAUGGUAUUCAAGAUUCCGAUGAUAAUGUGACUUGGGAAGAUGUAGCCAGGUCGUUGGAUGUUUUUUUCUUCUGGCUAUAUCUAUUGAUAACAGCUUUAUCAACAGUUGUCCUUUUACUGUCUGUGCUUACAUAGAGGCGUGGGAAUAAUGGC